CAACCGGCUUCAGCAAAAAUGUUGCUGCGCGGAGCUGAAUCCAGUUUUGCACCGCAAACCUCAUACAAAUAACAACAAAGGAAAAUCUAUUUCCUCUUCAAAACUGUAAUUGUGCUUAACUUGAUAGUUAAAUGAAUAUCAAUACUUUCUGCAACUUGUCCAUAAAUGAAACAUAUAGUAUCUGGAAUGAGAAGUUAAAUUCAUUUACUCAAUGCUUUUUGUGGAUUCCAAUCGAAACUGGCUCCCUUUUUAUUUUUGCGAUUACAUGUAGCUACUUUCUUGGUAAGUCAAGACAUUUGCAAUCAUUCAGGGAAAAAAGUUAUACAACCUGGUUUAUAACAAUAAUUGCUAUAAGUCAGGCUCUAUUAAGUGGAAUUGAAAUAUUAUUUUCAUAUCUCACACAACGCAACGGUUUUCCUGGAGCUUAUGUUAUGGUAAAAGGCAUAUCAAUAAUAACAUGGUUUAUUUGUUUCUUGCUUCAUUUGAAAAGUUUAAAUGUUUUAAACAUGAAAAAGAGAAGCAAAGUGAUGUUUUUUUCAUUUCUUCUUAUGUUAAUAAGCUCUACAAUAAAGCUGCAAUAUACAAUCAUCCAGAUAAUGCAAAAGCAUGCAGUUACCUUGAACCUUGUUGUAAAUUGUCUUGAGUUUUUUCUGAGUUUUACAUUCUUUGCAUCAUGUUUGUAUAUUAUUUAUUCGAAAUCUAGAAAUAAAAACUAUAUAGAAUUAAAUGAUAAAGUAUUCCAUCAACAUGGGAGUGAUUCAGAUCCUAUAUUACAAGAAAUCUAUCUUGGUAAAGCUCAAACGAGUAGAAGCUUUUUGUCAUCAUUACUUUUUUUAUGGGUCAAUAAGCUUUUGCUGAAAGGUUUUUACAAACAAAUAAAAAACACAGACAGUCUUUUUAUUUUACCAGAUGAUUUACAAAUAGGAGUAUUUGAAGAUAAUUUUGAAAGAAACUUACAAAAACAUGCAAAUAAAAGCUCUUACACAAUAUUUAAAGCAUUGCAAAGCACUUUUGGAUGUUUUUAUUACAGUUUAGGAAUAUUAAAAUUUUUGUGUGAUGUUCUUGGAUUUUCUGGCCCUAUAAUUUUAAAUUAUUUGGUGAACUUCAUUGAAAACAAGCAGGAGAACUCAUUAAAUGGUUACCAUCUUGUACUAGCGCUGUUUUUAACAAAAGUUGCUUCCUUCAUUUUAUUUCUUCAUUACCGAUUUCAAACACAAAAAGUUGGCUUGAUGUUUCGGACUGCUUUAAUAACAACUAUUUAUAAAAAGAGUUUAAAUAUUAACAAAAUAUCAUUAUCAAGUUAUUCAAGAGGUCAGAUAAUGAACUUUAUGAGCACAGACACAAACUGUGUGGUAAAUUUCUGUCAAAGUUUUCAUGAAUUUUGGAGUUUGCCAUUUCAAAUAGCAAUAUGUUUGUAUCUCUUAUAUCAACAGGUUGGAGUAGCAUUCUUAUCUGGUUUGUCAUUCAUCAUUCUUUUGAUUCCAAUAAAUAAGUGGAUUGCAAAUAAAAUAGGUGAUUUAUCUAAAGAUCUCAUGAGCAGAAAAGAUCAAAGAGUAAAAGUUGUAAAUGAAUUUUUGAACGGGAUUCGCACCAUCAAAUUAAAUGUAUGGGAAGAAUUUUUUGUAAGCAAGGUUUCGAAAGCAAGAUAUGACGAACUCAAAUUUGUAAAGAAAAGAAAGUAUUUAGAUGCCUUAUGUGUUUAUUUUUGGGCAGCAACACCUGUUGUUAUUUCAAUUAUAACAUUUGCUACUUACAUAAGUAUGGGUGGAAAUUUGACAGCUGCUAAAGUAUUCACAAGUAUUGCUUUGUUUAACAUGUUAAUUGCUCCCUUGAAUGCAUUCCCAUGGGUACUAAAUGGACUAAUGGAGGCAUGGGUUUCAUUGAAAAGAAUUGAAUCUUUUUUUAAUCAACCAGAAAUAAAAGAUGAUAGCUAUUAUAAAAUACGCAAAGAAGGUGAAAUUUCAAUUGAAAUAAAAAAUUCAUCAUUUACACUUAGUCUUCCAAAUAAAGAUACUGUUAAAGAAUACCUUCUCAAGAACAUAGAUCUUAAAGUUCAAAAGGGAAGUUUUGUUGGCAUCAUAGGUCAGGUGGGAAGCGGCAAAAGCUUAUUACUCGCUGCAAUCAGCUCUGAAAUAAGUAAAGAGAGUGGUGAUGUUUACCUUUUGGAUGAUGUUAAUGGUUUUGGUUUAGUUUCUCAGGAAGCCUGGAUACAGCAAGGCACAAUCAGAGAUAACAUUUUAUUUGGAAAUGAUUUCGAUGCUGUUUCUUAUGAAAAAGUUAUUUUUGCAUGUGCAUUGAUUGAGGAUUUUUUGCUAAUGCCUGCUGGUGAUAAAACCUAUGUUGGUGAAAAUGGUGUAACAUUAAGUGGAGGGCAACAAGCUAGGAUUUCACUUGCUAGAGCAGUUUAUCAGAACAAAUCUGUAUAUUUAUUGGAUAGCCCUUUGUCAGCUGUAGAUGAUCAUGUGGCAUCUCACAUUUUCAAACAUUGCAUUAUGGGUUUGCUUAAAGACAAAACUAGAAUUCUUGUCACUCACCAAACUAAAUUUAUUCGCGAUGCAGAUUUUGUUGUUUUGAUGGAAAAAGGAAAGAUAUCAAAAUCUGGUCACCCUAAAGAUAUACUAGAUGAUGUUUGCUCAACAUAUCUGUCACAAGAUGUUGUGAUUAAUUCAACUUCUGAAGGAGAUUCUGUGGUAAAGAAACAAGACGAUCUUGUAGAAGAUGAGUAUAAAUUACAUGGUGAAAUAUCUUUAAAUGUUUAUAAGAGUUACUGGAAAGCUGUUGGCCAUUUGAUAGCAUUAGCUGUGUUGAUGUCGCUUUUUUUAAUGCAAGCUUCAAAAAAUGUAAGCGAUUGGUGGUUGUCAUUUUGGAUUAGUAAGGAAUCGAGUUUAUUGAAUAGCAACCAAUCAAGCUCAUUGAAUAAUACAUCAAGUAUUACCUUGCACUAUUUAAAAAUUUAUUCUGGUAUUGGAAUUGCAAACUCAUUUUUAACAUUUGCUAGAGCAUUUCUCUUUGCAUAUGCAGGUAUAAAUGCAGCUAGAGUAAUGCAUGAGAAAUUACUAUGUACAAUGAUGAAGAAAUCAUUUUCAUUUUUUGACAAAACUCCGGUUGGAAGAAUUAUCAAUAGGUUUUCAUCUGAUGUGUAUUCUGUAGAUGAUAACCUUCCAUUUAUGAUGAACAUUUUUUUUGCAAAUUUUAUUGGAUUAGUUGGAGCAAUAGUGGUGACCUGUUAUGGUGUACCUUGGUUCACUUUGCUUCUUUUACCAUUAGGAAUAAUAUAUUAUUAUACUCAAUUGUAUUACAGAAAAACAUCACGAGAACUGAAACGCAUAUGUUCAAUUACCUUAUCCCCAAUAUAUGAACAUUUUUCAGAAACGUUGUCUGGAAUUACAAUUAUACGAGCUUUGAAGCAUAGUAACAGAUUUAUUGGGGAAAACAAAAUGUUUCUGGACUCAAACCAACGAGCUAAUUAUGCAGGUUUGGUUGCGUCACAGUGGCUUCUAAUGAGGUUAAAUGCAAUAGGAAUAGCCAUGGUUACUUCUGUGGCAUUAUUAUCUGUAGUACAACGACAUUUGAGUAGUAUUGAUGCUGGUCUUGUUGGACUAGCAAUAUCAUAUGCAUUGUCAUUGACUGAUCGUUUAAAUGGGCUUGUUACAUCUCUUACUGAAACUGAAAAAGAAAUGGUUUCUGUUGAAAGAUUAACAGAGUAUAUUGAUGAUAAUGAGAAUGAAGAAGUUCAGGAUUUGUGCAGUAAUUAUUUUAUUUCAUCUGGUAAAAUAUCAUUUAACAAUGUUUUUUUAAAAUACAGGGAGUGCUCUACUAAUGCAUUGGAAAAUGUAACAUUUACUGUGAAGGCUGGUGAGAAGAUUGGAAUAUGUGGUCGCACUGGAGCUGGAAAGAGUAGUUUGUUUGCUGCAUUGUUUAAAACAGCAGAGCUUACCCAUGGAUCUAUUUUAAUAGAUGAUGUUGAUAUUUCUAAAUAUGCAACUAAUAUGUUAAGGUCUCAAAUUGCGAUUGUACCUCAAAAGCCAUUUCUCUUUGAGGAUACUAUACGUAAUAAUUUAGAUCCAUAUGGUCAACAUACACCUGGUGAACUGCUCUAUGUUUUAGAUAAAUGUAACUUACUUAAUGAAAUUAUAAAACGAGGUGGCUUGGACGGUCAAUUAAGCUCCGCUGGCUGUGAUCUUUCUUGCGGCCAAAAACAACUGUUUUGUCUUGCACGAGCUUUAUUAGCAGACACUAAGAUCAUCUGCAUUGAUGAAGCGACGUCUAACAUAGAUGUUUCUACCGAACAACUUGUUCAGAAAACAUUAUCUACUGCUUUCCAGAACAGCACAGUAUUAACCAUAGCACAUAGGUUGGAAACUAUCAGAAAUUGCGAAAGGAUAUUUUUAAUGGACGCAGGUAACGUUAAGGAAAUCAGCCCGAGCGAUUUACAAACGACUAGAUAAAUUAAGGCACUGAAAAUUCGCGAUUUGCUGAAGAUUCAAGAUUCGUAAUGUGCUAAAUUUCAACAAGUUUGAACGCGGAUCGUUUUUUGUUUUUGUUUUUAUUUUAUAUUUUUAUUAUAGCCUGUAUGAGUAGGAGCAAAAAUGCUACUUGCGUUAGAUAUUUUUUCUUUUGAA